AUGACUCUGGUGACAGAAUUUAUCUUGUUGGGUUUUAUGUUUUCCUCCCACCGAGCAGAAAUUUACUUUUUUUAUAUAAUUCUAUUUAUCUACUUCUGCACAUUGGCAGGGAAUCUUCUGAUCCUCGCUUUGGUCUUCUCUGAUCAGCGUCUACGCAGCCCCAUGUAUUUCUUUUUAAGUAACCUGUCCUUUCUGGAUAUUUGUUUUAUCAAUAUCACUGUCCCUAAAAUGCUGCAAAGUUUGCUGCCUGGUGGAAAAACCAUCUCAUUGGUGGCUUGCCUUGCCCAGUCCUUUUUAUUCUUCUUAGUGGGAGUAAGCAAUUUCCUUCUCUUGGCUGUUAUGUCUUUCGACCGCUAUGUAGCUAUAUGCCACCCCUUGCGUUACUCUAUUAUCAUGCACCAACAGCUAUGUGUAAGGCUUAUGUUUGGCAUAUGGAUGGGAGCUUUUUUCUCCAUAGUAACCUCGGCCACUGGAAUGAUGCGAUUAUCAUAUUGCUCCAGUGUGUUGAAUCAUUUCUUCUGUGAUGUCAUGCCUCUGCUCAUGAAUGCUUGUGUUAAUACUGAUGCUAUCCAGCUGCAGGAAGUCAUCACAUCUUCUAUUAUGUUGCUAUCCUCUUUACUCAUUGUGUUUGUAUCCUAUGGAAAGAUACUGAAAGCAAUUUUAAAGAUUCACUCAACUCAGGGAAGACAAAAGGCUUUCUCCACAUGUUCCUCCCAUGCCCUGGUGGUGUUGCUGGCUUAUGGAAGUUGCAUUUUCACAUAUGUAAGGCCAGCUCAAGGCCAGUCCUCUGAUUAUAAUAAAAAGGUGGCAAUACUAACCACUGUGGUUGUUCCACUUCUUAAUCCUUACAUAUACACAUUGAGGAACCAAAGAGUAAGAGAGAUAUUGAGAGAGAACCUAACAAAAUCUGCCAUUCUAAAGAAACUGUAAAAUAUAGAAAUGUUGGCGUGGUGUAGCUCCCCUCUGAAUCCAUAGUAGACCCAAUGAC